GUCUUGUAAGACAAGUCUCCACGAUCUCAUAAGUGUAGAAGAAACUUUCAAAAACCUCUGCUCUGUUUUCUUCAGAAAUUUUUUAAGUAAAAAUGAUGAGUAAUCUGAAACUUGGCGUUGAAGUCAUAAGCGCAAGGCUCAAACCUAGAGAGGACUAUGGCGGUGUUAACGCUUACGUCGAGCUACGAUUUGACGAUCAGAAAGUCAUAACUAUGACUAAGAUCGAUGACUCUAGUCCGGUGUGGAACGAGAAGUUCUUCUUCAACAUCUCUGAUACAGAGGAUUUAUCAAAUCAAUUUCUUGACGCUUACGUUUACAAUAAAACCAGCAGCAUAACAAAAUCUUGUCUAGGUAAGAUUCGAAUAUUGGGAACUGCGUUUCUCCCGUACUCAGAAGCUGUUGGAUUGCCUUAUCCUCUAGAGAAAGAGAAAUGGAGCAUGUUCUCUUCCGCUGCCGCCAAUGGAGGUGAGCUCGCUCUCAAAGUUUUCCUCACUGAUAACCCCUCUCCCAAGGUACCGAAUCUAAUCUCUACAAAGAAGAUUCCUUCUAAAUCAAGGCACAAAUUUCACAACAUCCCCACAAAUGAGAGUAACCAUAGCCCACGAGGGAAUCAGCAAUCGUUUCAACCGCAACCGCCUCCGCCUCAAUCGCAAACGGCUCUACCGCCACCGAUGAUGGAGUCUUCUCUCUAUCAAGCACCGAGGUUUGGUACUCCGAUACCUACAACUAUGGGGUUUAAUCCGAAUCCACCGGAUUAUUCUAUCAAAGAGACGAAACCGAUUCUCGGAGGAGGCAAACGAGCAAGAUCAAGUGAUCAUGAUCUCGUCGAGCCAAUGGAGUUUCUCUUCAUCAAAAUCGUGAAAGCUAGAAAUCUUCCAUCCAUGGACUUAACCGGAAGUCUAGAUCCAUACAUCGAAGUCAAACUCGGAAACUAUACCGGCAAAACCAAACAUUUUGAGAAGAAUCAAAACCCGGUUUGGAACGAAGUCUUCGCUUUCUCCAAAUCCAAUCAACAAUCAAACGUUCUUGAAGUCAUCGUCAUGGACAAAGACAUGGUCAAAGACGAUUUCGUCGGUUUAAUCCGGUUCGAUCUCAAUCAGAUUCCGACACGUGUCGCACCAGACAGUCCUUUAGCUCCAGAAUGGUACAGAGUCAACAACGAGAAAGGAGGCGAGAUUAUGUUGGCUGUUUGGUUCGGUACUCAAGCCGACGAAGCGUUCUCAGACGCGACAUACUCAGACGCUUUAAACGCUGUUAACAAAUCGAGUUUGCGUUCUAAAGUCUAUCAUUCUCCAAGGCUUUGGUACCUCCGGGUUAAUGUCAUCGAGGCACAAGACUUAGUUAUUGUACCAGACCGGACUCGAUUGCCAAAUCCAUAUGUAAAAAUCCGGUUGAAUAACCAAGUGGUUCGAACCAAACCGAGUCACUCGCUGAAUCCAAGAUGGAACGAAGAGUUCACUCUCGUCGCGGCUGAACCGUUUGAAGAUCUGAUCAUCUCGAUUGAAGACCGAGUCGCACCUAACCGAGAGGAAACGCUGGGAGAGGUACAUAUACCGAUUGGUACAAUUGAUAAACGGAUUGACGAUAACCGGACAGUGCCUAACCGUUGGUUUAGUCUUAAAACUGAGAACCAGAGAAGAGUCAGAUUCGCGACGACGAGACUUCAUCUAAACGUUUGUCUAGAAGGAGGCUACCACGUUCUUGAUGAAUCUACUUACUACAGCAGCGAUUUCAGACCGUCGAUGAAAGAGUUGUUGAGUCAUAAACAACCGUCUUUUGGUGUUCUUGAAUUAGGAAUCUUGAGAAUUGAAGGUUUGAAUUUGAGCCAAGAAGGGAAGAAGGAGACGGUGGAUGCUUAUUGUGUAGCUAAGUAUGGAACCAAAUGGGUCAGGACUCGAACCGUUACGAACUGUUUAAACCCGCGGUUCAAUGAGCAGUACACAUGGGAGGUUUAUGAGCCAGCAACUGUAAUAACAAUCGGUGUUUUCGAUAACAAUCAGAUCAAUAGUGGUAAUGGUAACAAAGGAGAUGGGAAAAUUGGGAAAAUCAGAGUUAGAAUCUCGACUCUCGAAGCCGGAAGGAUCUACAGUCACUCGUAUCCGCUUCUUGUUCUUCGACCUUCAGGUUUAAAGAAAAUGGGGGAGUUGCAUUUAGCGAUUAGGUUUUCCUGCUCAUCGAUGUUUCAGAUGCUAAUGCAGUACUGGAAACCGCUUCUUCCCAAGAUGCAUUACGCAAGACCGUUGAAAGUAGUGCAGCAGGAGAUUCUUAGGCAGCAUGCGGUUAACUUAGUGGCAGCUCGGUUAAGUAGAGCCGAGCCGCCACUUAGAAAAGAAGUAGUUGAAUACAUUUCGGAUUCAAAUUCGCAUUUAUGGAGCAUGAGGAAGAGCCGUGCAAAUCUCUUCAGAUUGAGUUCUGUUUUCUCUGGUUUACUAGGAACCGGAGAAUGGUUUCAAGAUAUCUGCAGGUGGAAGAAACCGGUAGAAACUACAGCUAUUCAUAUAAUCUUCUUGGUGUUAGUGUGUUCGCCGGAGAUGAUUCUUCCAGUGAUGUCUCUUUGCUUGUUCAUGCUUGGGGUAUGGAACUACAGGCUCCGUCCAAGACAACCUCCACACAUGGACACAAGACUAUCAUUUGCAGACAAUAUCCACCCGGAAGAGCUUAACGAAGAGUUCGAUACCUUCCCUUUUUCGUCUCAAGACCCGGGGAUUGUAAAAAUGCGGUACGAGCGGUUAAGGAGUAUCGCUAGUAGAGCUCAAACGGUUGUGGGAGAUAUAGCAGGUCAAGGAGAACGAGUUCAGGCUCUGUUAAGCUGGAGAGAUCCAAGAGCAACUUCGAUCUUCAUGGUGCUUUGUUUGGUUUCUACUGUCGUUUUGUAUGUUGUGCCGUUUAAGGUUUUUGUUCUUCUCGCCGGACUAUACAUCAUGAGACCUCCAAGAUUCAGGGGUAAGACACCUCCUGGACCUAUUAAUUUCUUCCGACGACUUCCUGCUAAAACAGAUUGUAUGCUGUAGAAUGCUAAAACGUAUAAGAAACAAGCAAUUUUUUUUCCC